GGGACGCCGUGUGCCUGUGUUUGUUUGUGUGUGGCACUCGGGUCUACGGAAGCCCGUUUCCACCACUGAGAGAAACAAUUAGGAUCCCUGACUGACUUCCUCUUCCGCGGACCACCGAGAAGCCGGAGAAUGGAGGACCACGCGUACGCGCUGCGGGGAGCUGGUGGAGACUACGAUGGAGCUCCUGGCCUCCCUGCGGCCAUCAGACUUGCUCCGGCGCCGACUCCGACACCCAGACAUCCGACUCCGAUUCCGCCAGCUCCGCCAGAUCGCCCGACUCCGCCAGAGACUGGCCCGCAGCUGUGGAACGUCUUGAAGCAGCUCCGGCCCCAGCCCCCCAGAAACCAGAAGAGUCCACCAGGAGCAGGAAGAGGAGGAGCCCGACUGCCCCGGCACGACGGAUAAAGUUCCAGACAGCCUUCCCUCGCGCCUGGUGGGGGAAGGCUGGUUGGCGUGGUUCUACUUUUUUAUUUAGAUAUCGAUUGCUGUGACACAGAAGAGUCUACCAGGAU